AUGAGGCUCGCCGCAGCCAAGCCUGCAGCAAUCUCCCUCACCGAGCGCCAGCCGAUCCCCAUCCACACAUGCAGCUCCAGCUGCAAGCAGGCCAAGAAGAGCCGUGGAGACCGGGCAUGGAGGGUCGCACUGGCAAGCGGCGACGCCGAGGCUGACGGUGCCGAGGCUCCGACGGCGCGAGCAGGGCGGCGGGCCCGGCUGUCGGCGAGGCGGCGGGAGCGCGUCCCGCUGCCAGACGGCGUCUCCGGCGACGGCGUCGGCGAGUUCCUGCGCCACCCGGACGCCGUGGAGUCCCUCCUCAACACCGGCGCGCUCGAGAGCUUCGCGCCCGCGGGGUCCGGUCCCGGCACGUUCACCUGCGGGCUGCGCCGCAUCGGGCUCCUCGGAUUCGAGGUCGCGCCGGUGCUCGACCUCCGCGUCGCCCCGACCAGCACCGACUGCACCAUCGAGAUGCUGUCGUGCAGGUUUGAGGGUUCAGAAGCACUCGAGCAGCAGAAUGAAUUCUUUUCAGCGUUUAUGAGUAACCAUAUAACGUGGAGCGACGACGCCGAGGAGCCCUGCCUAGACAUCGAUGUCAGCUUGGAGGUCACUCUGGAGGUCUACACUAAGCCAUUCAGCAUGCUUCCACUGUCAGCAGUGGAGAAACCAGGCAACCUUUUGAUGCAAGGCCUGCUGGACAGGCUUGUUCCCAUGCUGGGAGAGCAGUUGCUGAGGGACUACCAUUCCUGGGUUCAGCUUCAGCAGCAACAUGAAGCGUCUUGA